CAUUUAGCCACACACAUUGAGAAAGAGAUGCACCAACCAAGCAGUCAACAAGGUCUCCUGGAAGAUCCCUUUUCUAGUUUUCAAGAAUUUGACACAAAAUUUUCUAGUUAUGUUUUUGACACACAAUCAUUCCUCACUCAUGAAGAUCAUGACCUAUUACAUUUACCUUGUUCUUCAUCCUCCUUUUCCAACUCACCUUCAUUGUUAGAACUCAUUUCCAACUCCAUACAACCCACUUUUCAAUACCCAAAUAACUACACCGAUGAAUCCAUCUAUUCUUGUGACCCUUGUUUGGAUAGUUUCAUACCGAUAAAUGGUUCGGUUUCUUCAUCAUUUUAUGAUCAACAAAUGUUUCCAUUAAUGGUGGAAGUAGAAGAAGAAGACGAAGAAGAAGACAUUAAUGAUGGUGAUCAUGAAGACCACAAGAAUGAUGUUGUUUCUCAAAAUCUUCCAACUGUUUUCAGCAUUGGAUCGGAUGGAGAAAAGAAAAGCAAGUCCAAGAAAGCUGAAGGACAACCUUCUAAGAACUUAAUGGCUGAAAGAAGACGUCGAAAACGGUUAAAUGAUAGACUUUCCAUGCUUAGAUCUAUUGUUCCUAAAAUAAGCAAGAUGGAUAGAACAUCAAUACUUGGAGAUACAAUAGACUAUAUGAAAGAACUAAUGAAAAAGAUUCAAGAUUUGAAAGAACAGGACAAUGAAGCUCAAUAUGUGGAUCACUUGAAAAUGGUGGGAAAUUUUAAAGACUUCAACAUGAAUGAAUCACAAGUAAUUAGGAAUCCCCCAAAGUUUCAAGUGGAGAGAGGAGAUACCGAUACCCGUAUCAAGAUUUGUUGUUCGGCGAAACCGGGAUUGUUAUUAUCCAAUGUCAAUACAUUUGAUGCACUAGGCCUAGACAUUCAAGAAUGUGUCAUAAGCUGUUUUAAUGAUUUUUCCCUUCAAGCUUGUUGUUCUGAGGCACAGGAUCAUCGAUCGAUGAUAAGUUGUGAAGACUUGAAGCAAGUCCUAUUCAAAAAUGCAGGUUAUGGUGGCAGAUGUUAGUAAAGAAGCUACCGCAUGCAAGAUCGAUCAAAAUAAACUUUAGAGAUAUAUAUAUAUAUUAUAAAGAAGGGGAAAAAAAAAAAGCAAGCUUGCUUUAGGAAAUGAUGAUGGAUUGUUAAUUAAUUGGUUGAACUCUUUUAAAGAUUUUCUAGAUUUUGGACUACUUGUGACAAAGCUUGUUAUGCUUUUUUAGUUAUUUAUUGAAUGAAUCAUUGUUAGA